AUGGAUACUCGCCAAAAAAGGAAAAUACAAGGGGACAAUGAUAGACCAUCUAAAAAGCAACGUACAGGUAAUAGUGUGCAAAUUAUAACACAAUUAGAGAAGGCCCUGCACAGCAAAGGGAAUGCAACCGAUGCUGGUGCAAUGAAGAGAUAUAUGAGAGACAAGUUUCAAUUUUAUGGUCUAAAGAGUCCUAUUAGACGAGGGAUUAUGAAAGAAAUAUUGGCAGGCAAAGAUAAUGGCCUUUUGGCAAAAGAUGUUAGAGAAUUUGCCCAAAUGUUGUGGGGAAAACCUCAAAGAGAAUUACAGUAUAUUGCUAUGGAAUUUCUCGUAAAACAUAGAAAAAUACUGUGCGAAAACCAGGCUGAUUUUGAAGAAAAUAUCGAGUUUUUCAAGAUGUUGGUAACUUCUAAAUCUUGGUGGGAUACAGUCGAUAUGGUGGCAUAUAAACUUGUUGGGUAUCUGGUACAGACACACCCAACCAAGGGUAAACCGGUUAUGCUGGAGUGGAUAUCCUCUGACGACAUGUGGAUGAGACGGACAGCAAUUCUGCAUCAACUUUGCUGCAAGGAAAGCACAGAUGAAGAUACAUUGUUUCAGUUUUGCUUAGCAAGGUGUCACGAGCAAGAGUUCUUUAUUCGCAAAGCCAUCGGGUGGUCAUUGCGGGAUUAUGCAAGAGUGAAACCAAAUAAAGUUAAGAAGUUUCUGCAAGAACACAAGGACAGCUUGAGCAAGUUAAGUUUUAAUGAAGCUGCAAAGCAUCUUAACAUUGCGAAGAAGUGA